CCGCCCCCGCCCCCGCCACCGCCACCGCCACCGGGGACGCGCCUGGGCGGCGCCUCCGUGGCUCCCACCGCUCCACUCCCGGGCGCAGCCGCGGUGCUUGGAUGAGCCAGGGACGGGGAGGGCCCCUGCGAGCGCGGGCUGGAAGGAUGAGGAGCGGCUGCGGGACGCUUCCGCUGCAGCACGACAGAUUCCAGUUAGACGCCGGGCGGGACUUCCAGGCGGUGAGGUCGGACGCCACUGCUCAGGCCUGGCCACCAGCACGGUUGACUUCUGCUCCUGGAUCUGCUCAGAAGGCUCCUCCCAGGCAUGCGCAUCUUUGUCUUUCCAGCUCCUCUUGGAAAGGUCUCAAGGACCAGGACAGCGACUUUGGCUCCAAAGCCUCAAGAUAGCAGCCCCCUGGGCUCCUGCGUCUCAGGUCCUGCCCAGGAGGCCCUGGCCCCCGAAGGGUCGUCUUCUGCUGCUGACCCCCAUCAAACCCCAUCAUGCCCACAGCCCUGUGCCCCCGAGUCUUGGCUCCAAAGGAAAGCGAGGAGCCCAGGAAAAUGAGGAGCCCACCCGGAGAGAACCCCAGCCCCCAGGGGGAGCUUCCCAGCCCUGAAUCCUCCCGCCGCCUCUUCCGCCGCUUCCGCUACCAGGAGGCAGCGGGCCCCCGGGAGGCCCUGCACCGCCUCUGGGACUUGUGUCGGGGCUGGCUGAGGCCCGAGAGACACACCAAGGAGCAGAUCCUGGAGUUGCUGGUGCUAGAGCAGUUCCUGGCCAUCCUGCCCCGGGAGAUCCAGGGCUGGGUGCGGGCCCAGGAGCCUGAGAGUGGCGAUCAGGCCGUGGCUGCUGUGGAGGCACUUGAGCGGGAGCCAGGGAGACCCUGGCAGUGGCUCAAGCACUGUGAAGACCCCGUGGUGAUCGAUGAUGGGGAUGGCCCUCCAGACCAGGAGCAGGAGCGGCUGCCUACAGAACCCCAGAGCGACCUUGCAAAGGGCCAGGACACCCAGCCCGUGGCGCUGGCACAGGGCCCUGGGCUCCCAAGCAGACUGCAAGGCCAGCUCAGCGGGGAUCCAGUCCUGCAGGAUCCUGGCCUCCUGGACGCGAACCUGAGGGACGCCCAGCAGGUGAUGGCCCUGCAGCUGCCCUCGAGCCGCCUGUCGCCCUUCGAGGACAUGAUCUUCUGCUUCUCACAAGAGGACUGGUCCCUUCUAGAUCCUGCUCAGACGGGCUUCUAUGGAGAGUUCAUCAUUGGGGAGGACUGUGGUGUCUCACUGCCUCCAAGUGACUCGGCCACCCAGCUGGCACUUUCCCAGGGGGAGGACAGUGAGCCCCAGGUCCCUGAGUUUCAGGACCCCCAGGGGAAGGAUGUGGCCCAGGCUUCUUACUUGGACUUUCCGAGUCUUCAGCCAUUCCAGGUAGAAGAAAGACGGAAACGAGACGAGCUCCAGGUGCCAGAGUUCCAGACCUGCCAGCAGAUGGCCCUGGGUCAGAGCACCUGCCCAGCCGGAGGUGACGCACUGACCCCUGAGAACGGCCUGGAUGAGGAGGUAACCAUCGAGAUCAUCCUGUCCAGUUCUGGGGAUGAGGACUCCCAGCUCGGCCCCUACUGCACGGACGGGUCACCAGGACCCACAGAGAAGCAGCACGGCCUCCCCACGUCCCGUCGGAGUGGCGCUGAGGCUGGCAGCGAGAUGCCGACGUCCUCCUCCAAAAAGUCCUACAUCUGUCCAAACUGCGGGAAGAUCUUCCGCUGGAGGGUCAACUUCAUCCGGCACCUGCGGAGCCGCAGGGAGCGGGAGAAGCCGCACGAGUGCUCGGUGUGCGGCGAGCUGUUCAGUGACAGCGAGGACCUGGAUGGACACCUGGAGAUCCACGAGGCGCAGAAGCCCUACCGCUGUGGUGCGUGUGGGAAGAGCUUCCGUCUCAACUCCCACCUGCUGUCGCACAGGCGCACACACCUGCGCAGGGACCGGGGGAAAGAGCUCGGAGGCUCCGGGGCGGCCAUGGGCUCCGGGGGCGCGGGCCCAGGCGUCCUGCUGGCCCAGGGCGCAGCCGAGCUCAACGUCCAGUGCUGCGAGUGUGGCAAGGCCUUCCAGCGGCCAGACCACCUGGCGCGCCACCGCAGCAGUGCGCAUGGCGAGGACAGGGCCCGGCCCUUUCAGUGCCGCUACUGCGUCAAGAGCUUCUCGCAGAACUGUGACCUCCUCCGCCACCAGCGUCUGCACAUGAAACGCCGGUCCAAGCAGGCUCUGAACUCCUACUGAGGGGCCCGUUGGCGGGCGCGCGUUCCUCCAGCUGCUCGGUACUGACCUGUCCCGAGGCCCCGGACCCCUCCCGCCACCUCCACCCCCUCUGGACAGAAUCGCCUCUCCUGCCCUUUGCUCUCAGGUAGAAACGAGAUAGCGGCCUACUGAGCAUUUGUUGUCUCUGCUGUGCCAAAAAGCAGGGAGGGCUUGUCACCACCGGCUGUGAUCCUAACGCCGUCCGGGCUCUUCAAGGACCCCCUCCAGUGUUCUGAGAGGGAAGGACUGGGUCGUCCCUGCCGUGUGUCCGUGUGUCCCUUGCCAACACUCCAUGAAUCCCCGACCCACAUCCUCCCCUCCCCACUGAGGUUUGGAAAUUACUGCGCUUGUGUGACAGUGGGAAGGCCGGGGUCGCAUGGGGGUGGAGCCUGCCCUGUCCUGGGAAGUCUGGGUGGCCGUGGGGACAGCCCAGCAUUAUCAGGAGCCACAUGGGCUGCGCAGGGACCUCCUGCCCUCUUUUUCGCGGUGCUGUCAGCUUAUGGGGAAACAGAAGCUCACGAAGCAGAGCCCAUGUUUUAAGCUGUGUGGCACGCCCUCCCCAAAAUGCGGUUUCUCCACACCCUGAAGGCCCUUGAUAAGGCUCUUGGUAAAAGGUCGUGGGUUGGGAGUGUGGUCAUCGUCGUGUGCAAGGCACUUGAGUGCCUGUCCCACCCACCGCGUCCAGAAAUGGGGAGCUGGGCCCUCAGUGUCACCUGGGCGAGGCGGGCAGGGAACUUGGGCUCACCUGCCGAUUGUUUUCCUUUACUGGGGCCCAUGGCGUAGAACCAUGGACAGGCAUGGUCUCCGUUUUGGAGGCAAAGCCCCAGAUCCGAGUGUCGCAGGACGGAGGACCUGUGUCCUGUUCCCUCCAGCUGGUGCUCGCUGGCAUUGGUGACACCGCAAGACUUGUGGAAGUGUCACCCCGUCUGUGCUACCUUCACAUGGUGUUGUGUACCUGUCUCCAAAUUUCCUUUUUUUGUGAGGACACCAACCCUAAGGCCUCUGCUUCUGAGCCCAGAGUGUUCCCACGUCCACCAACGACAGCUGCCAUGGUUUUGUUUGCACAUAAGGUCACGCAGACAUUCUGGGGUCCUGGGGUUAGGACCCUACGACUUGUGGUGGUUGCACCCACAGUUCACCCCCUGCCACUAGGUGGUCCUGCUGUGCUGUCCUUCCCAGUUCUCAGAUUUCAGGCCCCAGCGCCUGGGCACAAUAGCCUGGAAAGUCUGCAGCCCUGAUGGUGACCUGGGAGUGACAGCUGGUAGGGGAGCCUCAGGCAGCAGGGACGGUCCUGAUGUUCUGGAUCGUGAGCAACUAAGACCAGCAACCAGGCAGGUGUUCUGUGUCAUUUGUAUGUCCGGUCCUGUCCCCCACCAGGUACUUCAUCGUCACAUGCAGAUACCACGCCCCCAGACCCCGCGAAAGAGCUAAAAGGUCCUGUAGUUAAGCUCCGUGCCUGUGUAGAUGCACCCCUUGCCUAGGAGCAAGAAGUGCGAGAACACCCUUCGGUCAGACCCUCAACGAUAAAUAAACCUUUGGGGCUUUUCAUUUCUAAAAAGUUGGCCUUUUUACUGAUCCGCCAGGAAAGGGGAGAAAACCCAAAAAGUCUUAAGGCUAAGAGCAUGGAAAUUACAAAUAGAAGCCAGACACGUGCACCCAUCUGCCUGUGCCCUCAUCCGAGGUUCUGUCACUGGUGGUGAGCAUAGCAACUCACCCACUUCACACACUUGCCUAAAAGCAUCGCUCCACUUACUUAUUUUAUGUGUAAAAUUGAGUCAUAAGUAGGAAACAACUGGGGCGUAACAGAACUGACCCCUACCUACAAAGAGGCUGUGCAUUUCCUAAUGUCCCUCCGUAUUGGGAGGCCACCUCCCACUUACUGACCGAAAGCCGUGCAGGGCGCCUAGGAAUCAGGAGUUGUUGCCCCGGGACGCUGUCCUGGGUGGUGGAGUGAGAAUCCCAGGUUCACCCUGUGCACUACAAGCCCGGGUUCCCUGCGCUGGGGGGUUGCAGACCCAGAGCUGGCCCACCUGCCUCCACCCUCACCCCUCCUGCCGUCCCUGGGGCCAGGCGGGCAUCCGAGGUGGCAGCUGUGCCCCGAGGUUCAGAGACUGCGUCACUGAGAAGCAUCUCCGCCCUCCCUGUGCCUCCCAUCCUUCUGUAUUGUUCCCACGAACUGAACAGGUGCAUAAUAAAAUCUCACUGAAUUCA